AUGGCGGUGAAAGCUGAGUCCUCUACUUCAGACUUGGCUCUCUCUGAGGUUAACAUCAAUUGGGACAGGUGCGCGCCUAUCUGGGUCUCUCGAUGUUGCUUCCAUGAGUAUUUGUAUUUUUCAUUCUGGUUCGGUAGAAAUGAGUCGCGGGGGACUCUUGAGUUGAUUUGUCUCUCGAUCUUUGGUUCUGCGAGGAUAGUUAGCCUCUUUCUCUUUGUACUCAUGUGUUUAAUGAUGCUAAGGAGUAUUUAAUAUUGUCUGUUUCCUGGAUCAUGACGAUGAAUCGGAGGAAGAAAGUAGAAACCCAGAGCUAGGUCGUAUUUGUGCUCCAACUUCGCGUAGGUAUUCUUUUAUUAGUCUGAGUGAUUGGGUUAAAGCGUCAUCGCUAAGAAUAUCUCUGCCAUAGACUGUGUAUUAAAACCUAACGCCCCUCAAGGUUGCUGCCGUAUCUUCAAUGUCGAGUCGCUAAUAAUGUUUUCCAAUGUUCGAGUAGAAUACUGGUUUUGUCUUUAUCUGCUGAAAAACAGUGGUUAUGGAACUCCAUUAGCAAGGCUGUUACUUGAUUACUUGAAACAAUGCUUGCAACAGCUGCAAUCAGAGUUGACAUGUGCACUAAUAAAUGAUUGGUAUCUGCUUAAUGGUAGUAAAACUCAUGGCGAGGGGGUUAAUAAGACGAUGACAGUGGUUUGUGAAGCAGAGAAUAUGAUAGUAUUGGCAUUGAAAACAAACAUGUUUCUACUCUCCUUGUAUACUUUUAAUUUCCGCAAACUUUUUUCGCGGAGCUGUUUUUUUUUUAAUUGUAAAGAGGUAAAGACUACCAUAUUGCCUAAUUGCCUGCAUUUAUCAGGUUUCUUUAAAACACUUUAUCAGGAAAAUUCUUGUUGGAGCCAUGAGAUCUAAGAAAAAAUUAGUCUGAGCGUGAUAUUUAGAGUAACGGAGAUGUUACGUUGACAUUUGUGGUCAAUGGUUGAAAUGGGGUAUCAUCCAUUUCUGGCAAUGAUGGCUAUUCCGGUAGCGUUGUUGCAUAUGUUUCUUUGAUCAUGUGUCCAGCCAUUUGUCUCAUUCUUUUUGUUUUUCUAUUUUCUUUAGGUUGGAUAAAACCAAGUUUCAUGUCAUCGGAGCAAUUCUAUUCACUGCUCAGAUGGGUUCACUACACCCAAUAGCGGUUGUGAAGACUAGAAUGCAAGUGGCUGAUGGUACUCUUGCACACAUGCAUGGGUUUUCAGUGUUUAAGAACAUAAUGAGGAAUGAUGGCUUCCGAGGCAUAUUCAGAGGCUUUGGUACCUCGGCUGUUGGUUCCUUGCCUGGCAGGGUGUUGGCACUGACUUCCCUAGAAAUGUCGAAGGAGAUGGUGCUUAGACAUACUGAGGACUUGAAUAUGCCAGGGGCAACCCGAGUUGGUCUGGCAAAUGGAGUUGCGGGCAUGGCCUCAAAUGUUGUCUCCUGUGCUUACUAUGUUCCCUUGGAUGUGGUAAGUCCAUCAUCUUACCUUUUUCGUUCAAUCAGGAUGGCAUGUGUCAAGUCUGACGAAUAAUUCUUGACGAUUCAUCACGGUAUUAUAUGUUAGAUGUCUCAAAUGAAAGAAGCUGGUACUUAUGAUCUUGGAAAUAAAUUGAGAUGGUUUAUUGUCUCAAACCCCUGCUGACUGGGCAGGAAAGAACCAUUGAAAGAGGAACAUUAGGAAAAGUUAUGUCUAGAUUCUUCAUGAUAUUAUUAGUUAGAUACCUCAGGUUAAGAUAAGCGGCCGCAUAUGGGCUUGGAAAUGAAUUGAGAUAGUUUACAGUGUCACAUACCUGCUAUUUGGACAUUAGAGAGUCGUUGAGAGUAGAAUAUCAGGAAAUUUUCUUGCUAAAUACAUCGUGAUCUCGAGAAAAAUACAUGCUAUUUGAACAUUAGAUAGCAAUUCUUACAUUGCUAGAUAUCUCGAGAGAAAUAAGCUUCUGCAUAUGAGCUUGUAAAUGAUUUGAGGCGGUUUACAGCGUGAACCCUUCGAUCUUUGGACAUCAAAGAAUCAUUAAAUUAUUAAUUAUUCAAUGUAUUUUCUGGGAGCUAAAACUAAAAACCCUAUUUUCUGUCUCUCCUCUCUCUCUCUCUCUCUCUCUCUCUCUCUCGCUCUCCAUGCCUUGGUCGUCAUGAUAUUCUAUGAAGCUAUGGUUUACCCUGCUGGACAUGGUAUAACUUGAUUCAAUUCUUCUGUCUGCAGAUAUGCCAGAGGCUCAUGGUCCAGGGCCUGCCUGGAAUGGGCAACUAUGAUGGCCCUUUCAACGCCAUACGGGGAGUACUCAAGACUGAGGGACUCCGAGGCCUUUAUAGAGGCUUCGGGCUGACUCUCUUGACUCAGUCUCCAGCCAACGCCCUCUGGUGGGGCGUCUAUGGGUCAGCUCAGCACCUCAUCUGGAGGUACUUCCAUGGAAAGUCUUAUCCAUCCCAUCUGCUUGUUGAAUUUCUCUUCUCAUUCAGCCUGCCUUUUUUUUCCUAAUAUAGCACCCUGGGCUAUGGCGAUGAUUCUGAGAAGAAGCCAUCUCACUGCGAACUGGUGGCUGUUCAGGCGACCGCAGGGACAGCAGCUGGCGCUUGCUCCUCUGUGAUAACGACCCCAAUUGACACCAUCAAGACAAGACUUCAGGUGCGCAGAACAUUUCAAUCCCUGACUGUUCUAUCCAUAGAAAUUAGGUCAUAUUUCCAAAUGUUUCUUACUAUACUAUUUAGUGCAUAUUUGAAUUGCUCAAUAUAGCAUGCAGGGCUGAUUUCACUUUCUGAUUAUAGCAUUUAAGGCAGAUUUAGAUCGUCGAUUAUACUAUUUAGGGAAGUCCCGAUCACGAUCACCGAUCGUCAUAUGUAGGGAAGAUUCUAAUGGCCGAUCAUAUUCCUGAUGAUCCUGAUGGGUUCUGCAGGUGAUGGAUAACUACGGCGUGGGCCGACCCUCCGUCAGGAAGACGGUGUGCCUCCUCCUCGAAGAAGACGGCUGGGCGGGCUUCUACAGAGGCUUUGGCCCCCGCUUCCUCAACAUGUCUCUCUGGGGAACCUCCAUGAUCGUCACCUACGAGCUCAUCAGUGAGUUCUCCCCCCCUCCCUCACUUUUCCUCCUGACGGCUGCUCCCCCCCACUCUGAUCUCAGAGAAUUUUGAUUUUCAGAGCGGCUCUCGCUGAAGCGUGACUGA